AUGGCUUCUGCUAAAUGUAUCUUUUGCAAGAUUGUUCUCGGUGAAAUGCCUUCAUUCAAGCUCUAUGAAACCGAAAAAUCGCUUGCAUUCCUUGAUAUACAGCCUCUCAGUGAAGGCCAUGCUCUUGUUAUUCCUAAAGAACAUGCUGAAAAGAUGCAUGAGCUUAGUGAUGACUCUCUUAAUGAUCUUUUACCUCUUGCAAAGCGACUUGUUAAUGCAAUGGAUCUUCAGGAUUACAAUAUAUUACAGAAUAAUGGUCGGCUUGCACACCAAGUAGUUAAUCAUGUACAUUUCCAUUUGAUUCCAAAGCCAAGAGUUAGUGAGGGCCUUCGUUUUGGCUUCGAUACAGCUAAAGCUGUCGGAGAAGACUCGCUCCGAAAUGUUGCUGAGCAAAUCCGAAAACGGCUUAACCAGUUAUAA